AUGAUCUGUUUGGAGACUCAGUAUUUUAACAUGAAUAGGAUUCUUCUGCUCGCUGUUGGCCUGUGGCCCUAUCAACAAUCGAACCUCACUCGAUUUCAAUUUAUUUUGUUUUUUACUAUUUUAACUACAAAUGUUAUAUUUCAGUUUACACCAUUUAUUUCACAAAAAUGUACUUUGGAUUUCGUCGUCAAAAUUUUAUCUUCCGCAUCUAUAUAUGUUGUCGUUAUGAUAAAAUAUAUCAUGUUCGGUAUAAAUAUCGAAACUAUAAAAGAUUUAUUGGAGCAUUUGCAGCUUGUAUGUAAUAAGUUAGAAGAAAACGAAUUUGCCAUCAUAAACGAAUAUGGAUGCAAUGCCAAACGUUAUACCGCUGCACUUAUGAUAUAUGCUAUUUGCAGCCUAUCUGCUUUUAUAGUUUCUGAAUUUUGGUCGAGAAUACUCGAUAUUAUGUUACCAAUGAACGUAUCUCGAUCGCAUAGCUUACCGUUUACAAUGGAAUACUUCGUCGAUCAAGAAACAUAUUUCUAUUACAUCCUGUUACAUAUUAAUGUAUCAUCCUGCAUUGGAAUGACUGUAACGAUAGGGAUAGGAACAACGCUUAUUGCGUAUUUUCAAUAUACCUGUGGUAUGAUUAAAAUUUCCAGCUAUCGUAUUAAACGUGCCAUGCAUGUUGAUGCGUUAAAAAAUAAUAAACUUAAGAAUGAGAUUUUGAUAUUGCAAGGAAUAAUUAGUGCCGUAGAUAUUCAUCGGCAAGUUAUAAAAUUAAUUAAACUUUUGGUAUCUAAAAUUGAGAAAAUGUUGUUCUGUUUAAUAUUAGUCGGAGUGACAUGUCUAAGUCUUAAUCUCUUUCGAAUUUUUCAGAUCGCAUCAUACGCAGAUAAUGUCAUGGACAUUUUAUUUCCCUUUGUAUUUGUAAUUAUUAGUGUUCUAUACAUGUUUGUAGCCAAUUAUGUUGCGCAAAAUUUAACAGAUCAUAAUAAUGAUCUUUUUGCUACCGUGUAUGACGUUCAGUGGUACGAAGCUCCGUUACAUAUACAGAAACUGAUACUACUUCUGCUUCUAAAGGGUUCCAAAUUUACUGUGAGUAUCGGUGGACUAUUUGUCGGAUCGUUGGAGUGUUUCGCCACGCUGGUGAAAACUUCGGUUUCUUAUUUUACUGUCAUAUAUUCGACGCAAUAA